GAAAAAGAAAUGCAAUUGCGGCCAGGAAAUUCAUCGUUAGAAUAUUGUAGGAGUCUGAAAUUUAACAUUGAUGAUACUGAGCCUUUGAGGCACUUCCUGUGUAUGAACUUCCCUUGCAGCUAUGACCUUUUGAGUGCUUUCAAAAAUGAAAGUUUCAACUGCGGGGAUCUUUUAGCCCGUUCAGUUUCUGUUAAAAGUGACAAAGUCUACAACGGAUUUGUAAAGGAUGUUGCAACUUUUAUUGUCACGGAUGAUCUGGUUGUCAUUCCAAAUGCAAUGGAUUCAAGCUUUGGUGUCUUACAGAAAUUUGGAGUAAAAAGCUGGAGUUCUAUACAGGAGAUGACUGUGAAUGUCACAAAGAAAAAGAUACUGGAUCUGCUAAAAUGUUCUUUAUUGUCCAAGUCAACUUUGACGGAUUUGUUCUUAGUACAGAAACCAUUGCUCAAUAACUCAAUUUUUUCUCUUUCUACUUUUGAAAAAAGUAGGACUAUGACUACUAUCCAAAUCAAAGUGCAAGUAAUUAUGAGAAAAUCAGGUGGGAAGGAUAUUCUUCUAUAGGAAGCAUUGAUGGAUUGUACAAUAGCAUAGUUGGUUUAAAUGAAAACAAAUAUUUGAUAGCAAAGGAAGUGAAAAACAGGCUUGUUGAUCCUGGCCUUGCCCCACAGUUCAAAUUAAGCAUGAAGGUGUUUCCAAUUAUUGAACAGACUUCACAAUAUCAUUGUUAUUAUCAACGUAGAGGUUAUACAGAUAGCAAUUAUUUCUAUUUAACUAAUGGAUGUAGGAGUUAUGGUAAAAAUAUUGAAACUUGUAAAGUCUUGAAGUCAUGUAGUGGAAGUCUUAAAGGUUAUGCCAAGGGUCAGCGAUGUUCAUGGCUACCGAUGACUUGGUUGUGGAACGAAUGUCACCCUCUUCAGGUGUAUCUUUACUCAACCGUUUAAAGACAUCUCUUAAUGACGUGAAGGAAAAGUUUGUCACCAUUGGCAUCAAGGAGGUAAGAUGUAGUUUAAAACUAUAGCUUCCCUGCUAUAUCAUGCUUUAUCAUGCUUCCCUGCUUAAUCAUGUCUUACAGAAA